AUGCCCAUCCUGCAUGCUCUGGCGGAGGUUGCAGUCAUGGAGCUAUUUGCAAACUGGAUCACAGCUCAAUUUAGUGAUAUCCCAAUUGACUUUACUGUCAGACAUGGAUUGGCAGCUAUAUCUAAGGGGGUCGUCCUACAGUACACCCAGAAAAGCUUUGCAAAUCUUCCGGAGCAGUGUGGUGCCAAGGGCUUGGCCACUGAAAUCUUACUUGGUCGAUACAACUUCCCCAAAGCCACCAAGCCAAAUUCAUUAAUUGCAAAGCAUGAGGAAGACUACAUUGCGGAACUGGUAAAGCUCCAGGAGGGCAUCCACGAAAGGACACAGAAGCAAAGCGAUCGCAUGGCAUACGAGGCUGCGGUCAAUAUGGGAAUUGAUUUUGAUUUGCUUGCUCUCUACGAAGCUGGUCUGGUCAAGACCGACUCUAGUUGGUAUGUUGAGCAUCUGGGACUCAAUUGGGCAAGCCGCUUGAACUGGAUUGCACGACAGCGGAUGCUCUUCUUCCACGGUUGGACAAGCUUUUGGAUCGUCUGA